CCACUACACAGGAAAUCUGGAAAUUGUGCUGCCCCCUAUCUGCUUUAUGACCUAGUGACGUCAGGCAGCAUGGAGGCGGGGAUCAGACCAAAAAGUGCGGGGUGGAAUGUCAGGCUGGCACAUUGGAUUCUGCAUAAUGAUGCAAAGCUUCAUGUUUAAACAAGUACAGAAAAUUCACAGUUCACCAGGAUGAAUACAUCUAACCUCGACCACAAAAGUUUUGAAUUGGAAUUAUAUUGCACUAUGAGAUGCUUACAAGGAUGAAAUAAUGGAGAAUGAUACCAUCAGCACUCACGGUGCAACGGCUUGUGAAACUAUAGUAGACAAAUGUCCCAUUGCUACUCUUUCUGCAGAGUUAAUAAAUGAAAAAAACAUCAGUUUACUUGGAACUAAGGAAAGAAAAAGGAGUCAAAGCUGUGCAAAUAUACAUUCAAAAAGAGUAUCAAAUAGAUCCUCUUUAUGUAAAAGACAAUAUUGUGCUAGGGAAAACCACACUUUAGAGAAUUCUGAAUCAAAUUCUUCUGUUCAGCGUUCACCACGGUCUAUUCAAAAAACAAAGCAAAAAAAUAAAAAUGUGGAUUUAAAGAAACCAAGGUAUGUAGGAAGUAAAAGAAAAUUGAAUGUUAAAUCAAAAUCUGAACUUUUCCAAAGACCUCUUAAAAGAAAGGAGCAAAACAAGUGCCAAUCAAAUCUUUCUACAGGUCUUCGUAAAUGCACUGAAGAUGAAUCCCCUGAAUUAAGUUUAGCUCUUUUUUCUAGCCAUAAAAAUGAUAAUGUGGAAACUCCUUAUAACGAGACAAAAUGUAUAGAAAAUUUGGACUUUCAGUCACCUGAAUCUGUUGUGGAGGAAAAACCUUAUGCAUGCUCAGUAUGUGGAAUCAAUUUUAGUAGUUAUUUAAGCCUUGCAAGACAUCAGAAAGUUCAUACAGGGGAGAAUCCUUUUGUAUGUAUACAAUGUGGGCAGAGUUUCAGCCAUAGUUCUCAUCUGUUGACACAUGAGAAAUGCCAUGCCGUAGCAAGGCCGUACUCUUGUUGUGAAUGCCGGAAAACAUUUGUAAACAGAUCCUACCUUCUGAAGCACCAACGGACUCACACAGGAGAGAUGCCUUAUUCUUGUGCUGAUUGUGGUAAAACCUUUAGGGACAGCUCAGGACUUGUUACACACAGGGUUAUACACACAAAAGAAAGGCCGUUCACUUGCAUACAGUGUGGAAGAAGCUUUGGCCAUGUCUCAAAUCUUGUUAGACACCAAAAGCUCCACACUGGAGAAAGACCAUUUGCCUGCACAGACUGUGGAAAAAGAUUUGCUUUUAGUUCACUUCUUGUUAAACACCAACGAGUUCACACUGCAGACAUGCCAUUUUCUUGUAAUGAUUGUGGUAAAAUGUUUAGAGAUAGUUCCGGACUUGUCAGACACCAGAGAAUUCAUACAAAAGAAAAACCAUUCACCUGCACUGAAUGUGGAAAAUGCUUUGCACACAUUUCAAAUCUUGCACGCCACCAGAGAAUACACACUGGGGAAAAGCCAUAUGUUUGCAAUGAUUGUGGAAAGGGAUUUAGCAUUCAAUCAAAUCUAAUAACACACCAGAGGCUUCAUUCUGGAGAAAAGCCAUUUAAUUGCUCAGAAUGUGAAAAAACAUUUAGUGAUGGCUCAAGUUUACUUAAACACCAGAGAAGUCAUACAAAAGAGAAGCCCUACACUUGCACAGAAUGUGGGAAAAGUUUUAGCUACAGCUCUAACCACAUAAGACACCAAAGACUUCACACAGGGGAAAGACCCUACAUAUGUACAGAAUGUGGGAAACGUUAUUGUGAUAGCUCUGCACUAUUUAAGCACCUAAGAGCUCACACCGGAGAAAAACCAUUCUCUUGCUCUGCAUGUGGGAAAAGUUUUAGUGUCCAUUCGCGGUUGGUUAUACAUCAAAGAUUCCAUACAGGGGAGAGGCCAUAUAACUGUACUGAAUGUAGAAAAAAUUACCGUGAUCGUUCUAGUCUUGUAAGGCAUUUUAGAACACAUGCACAAGAGAACCCAAUCGAAGAUGCUUAAAUAUUAGUUAUUGUUUUUUUUUCCAAGAUAUCUAUUUCUUUUAGGAGGUUUACAAAUGUAUUAUCUUGGCUCCCUAAGGUAACCCUCAUCAGUGAAAAUAGUCCUUUUAAGUGGAAUAAGUAAAAAAUAAAAAAAAUCUCCUGCCUCCUCUACUUACAAUAACUGAUAAAACCAGUUGGCACAUGUUGGAAUUAGAGGCAGUAGAUUUUAUGGGCAAUGGUAUGAUAUUUCCUCAUUUCUUAAACGGACUACUGCCAAAAUGUUGAAAUAACAGUAAGUUUGAUUAGUUUUCUAUUUUUCUUUUUAACUAUAUUUUAAUGUUUGUCAGUUGUUGUUUUUUAUUUCUUAUAUCAAAACACAUUUCUCUUUUAUAUAUGUUCUAAUGGUUUAAAAUACUUUAAUUAUUUAAUUAAAGAAACAAUCUGAUAAUGCAAUUACUAGCUAACUAAAAAAAGACUGGAAACAAUAAAAAUAUGUAAUGGAACAUC